AUGUUAAUCAAGCAUCUAUACCUAUAGAGUUCUUCCAAGCAAAAGCAGUCUUUCCAUUUAAUAAGGACAGAGAAGGGAAUCCAAUCAUUAUGAUUUUGGUCAGAUAUCACAGAAAAGUUCCUGAAUUUAUCAGAGAGUUGAGGCGUUUUGUGAUAUAUUGGGUGGAGUUAAUGGAAGAACAAACAAAAGGUGGCCAAAUGACUGUUAUUAUGAGUUGUGCUGGAGCUGGUUUAAGUAAUCUAGAUUUAGAUCUUAUCAAGUUUUUAAUCACAUUAUUCAGGUCAUAUUAUCCUCACAGCUUAGCCCAUAUACUUAUAUAUGAACUACCAUGGAUAUUAAGUCCGGCAUGGAAAAUAAUAAAACAAUGGCUUCCAGAGGAUUUUGUAGAGAAAAUAAAGUUUGUAAAUAAAACAAGUAUCCAAGAUUAUGUUUCAGAAGAUAAUCUUCCUUUAGAAAUGGGUGGUACAGAUACCACAGAAUAUGAACCUCCAUGUGUGAAUGAAAUAAAUAGCAAUGGAAUUACUGAACCAAAGCAUGUUCAUUUCUCUCAUAACCAUGACUCUUUAAGAGGUGUUCAGAAUAUUGCCAAUGGGCAUAUUAGUAUUCCUAAAGAAGAUGCUAGCCAUGUACUUAUAACAGAUGAUUAUACUAUAAUAGGAGGAAUUUUGAAAAUAUGCCCUGCAACUGAAUUGGUUUUCCACUCACCUUCUAAUAAUAGUUCCAAUGAUGUUGCAAUCAAGUUGAUUUGUGUAGCUGAAAAAGCAGUUACUUACAAGGUCAAAACAAACAAUAUUGAAAGUUAUAGAGUGAAACCCUCUAUAGGAAUCAUUGAAGCUGGCAGCACUAUUGAAAUCAAUGUUGUGCUUCUUCCAGGCUUCCAUCCACAACCAACAGAUAAGUUUUUGAUUAUGGCUAUGGAGGUGUCGGAAUCUACUCUUUCAACAACAAGUCUGGGAACUCUGUGGAAGUCAUCGCCUUCAGAUAUUAUUGCUGACCAUAAACUGAAGUGUGUAAUGAAAAAGGAUGAUCAAAGUAUGAAUGAAGAACUUGAUGUAGAAAAGACUUUGAAAACCAUGCAACUCUGUAUUUCAAACAUCGAAAAUAAACUGAAAAUUCUAGACACCAGACAGUCAUCUCUCCAGAUCGCACAAUAUAUAUCUUUAUUCCUUAUAUCCUUCUUAACUGGCAUAUAUUUAUGUAAUCUUUUUCUUUCUGAUGAUUCUCCAGUUAUUUCCUUUUUAAAACAGUUUUAAAAAUAUCAAGAUACUUCCUCAGUAAUGGUCUAAUAUUUAUUUUCCUUUCAUAAGUAAAUAUUAUGAUUCUUAUAAGCAUAUGCAUGUUCUUUUUUUGGAUCAUGCAAAAUGUAGAUAAAGUAUGAAAAUCAGCGAUUAUCUUUUGGGAUCAUUCACUGUUGAAUGAAUUAUUUCAGUUUUGCUACGUAAGAUAUGAGCUCUUGUGAUAUUUCUGACAAUUUAUAUGUAGUUUACCUUUAAUUAAAUUUUAUUUUGUAGAUAUAUCAUUCCAGUGGAUUUUGGGUAUAUUUUUACAUGAUAUGAAGUUUUUUGUAAUGAGAACAAAGGCUAUAUGUGUGUGUAUAUAUAUAUAUUUGUUUUUGGAACAGUAAACUACUUAAGCAGGCAGCUAAGCUGCAAUCAUACUAAAUUAAAAAAUUUCAUUUAAAUGUUUCCGUGCUGAAAUUAUAUUGAAAACUUACCUUGCAUCUGAAUUAAUUGAACUGUGAGAAUUUUUUAAAGAUAAAAAAAAAAAAA